AUGUGUAUCUGUAUACUAAAUCACAACAAAGAGCUCGUUGCCCACUCCCCGUUUGAAUCCAAGGACCUAGAAUGCGAGCUGCGUCUGUUAACAUCUGAAAAUGCUCGCCUUCUCACUGAACUUACCGACCUCAAGAAGUUACACGACGCUGACACAGUUAGACAUGAGAAAGAGAUCGAAAAAUAUCGAAUGCGUUACGAUAGGCUCCGAGAAGACCACUCAAAGUUGAACCAACUCAAUCAGGAAUUAGAGAGCAAAAUCAUAACUGUGCUUUAUCUCGAGAACCGUGCUGCAGCGCACUUUAUUCGACAGCUGCCCUCAUCUUUCGGCUUCCUUCUG